UCGCUAUUCAGACGUUCAUUGUCAGUUAUGUUACAGAACUGUAAAUGAAUAUAAUAAGGUCCGGCGUUUUAUUUUUAAGCUUGUUUUCAUCUGCGCGUCUUCCUAACAAAUUUUAACUUCGUGGUUGCUAUGGCUGCGAGUUCGUGCGAGGUUGGUAGGGAGGGAAGUGACGACUGGGGCUGUUGUUGGGACACGUGACUGGAGCUGCACUGAUCUGUUUUGACAAGCGGUGGGGAGGGAAGUGAGGAGGGGAGGCAGACUGUAAGCAUCACGACUGAGGAGGACUCACUGUUCCUUUCAUCUGCAUUUCGUCUGAAUAAUACCAUUAUCGACCUUUUAGUGUUAGUAGUCAACUGGCCCUUAAAUUAGCAUCUACUACUGAGUAAACGCUUGUGGGAAACGUUGCCCUCUGUUACGAAGCGUUGGAGUAGAGUCUAACUAUUUGUUGUUGGUUUGAAAAGUUCGCAAAGGAAGUCCGCACAGUUGCGUUUCUAACGUUAAAUAGAUGGCGACGGUUCAAAGGAUGUGGAUGGAUAGAAAGUGGACCAUAUCCGUCUGAUAUAACUGGUUUAUAUUUCGUGAGACAAAUGAUGCGCUGAAUAUUAUCGUCGUAGCAAAAAUAAUAAUAAUACCGAGACCGUCUGUCAUCGGAAUCGGUCUUUGCAGCUGAGCUGUGGCUACCUGCGCUACAUUGGGGGUUGGGAUGUUUGGGAGGUCGUCGUCACCAGUGGACGCUUAACUAAACCGUGACGAUUAAGUUACUUAACGGUAGUUGUGUUUGCUAUCUAGCUAGCUAACACUGCUGAGUUAGCAACCCCUUCGGUUUUAGCAGAGUGUCGUUGUGAGGAGCCGAUGUUACAGGAAAGAGGACACAGAAAUGCAUCGCGACGUAACUAUGGUUCAGGUGGCGGAAUUUGAGACGAGUUGUAUGAGUAGCCAGCUUGCUAGUUAAAUGCUAGUAGUUAGAUUGGUUACUCGCCAGUAAGCAGACUGACAACUCCAUUACCUAACGCUAACUGUAACGGGCUAUCAGCUGUCUUUGUGUUAGUCAGUUGGACAAUACAGUGCGACUCGAUGGAAGCCUACAGUAGCAUGCUAACAAAGCAAUGCUUUGUUGUUGGGUAGAGGACAGCUGGCACCAACACACAGGCAUCAAAGCUGAUAUUAUUGCUUAGCUAAUACAGCAGGUCUAAGUCACAGAGGAUUUGGGGUUCCAGACACCGGUGUGUUGCUGCCAAGGCUGUGUGUGAUAGAAAAAGAAACGACUGAGCAAGAGACCUGCAAGAGACCCUGAAGGCAACCUGAUGACACUGGACAACAUGAAGUCGGAGCGAGAUGCAACCGAGGAGUUUUUUGAGUAUGAUGCGGAGGAGUUCCUGGUGUUCCUGACCCUGCUCAUCACAGAAGGAAGGACACCAGAAUAUUCUGUGAAGGGUAGAACCGAGGGGCUGCACUGUCCACCAGCCCAGUCAGCCAUGCCGCCUCUUCACAAGCACGAAUGCAGCGACAAACUGCCCCAGUGUCGGCAGGCAAGGCAAACCCAUUCGGAGGUUGUCCUGCUUUGGAGGAACAGCAUCCCCAUCAUGAUCGAGGUCAUGCUCCUGCCAGACUGUUGCUAUGGGGAUGAGUGCCCCCCAAGUGACCCCAUCAGUGACCCGGUCAUCAAGCAAGAUGCUCUGCUGCUGGAGAGAUGGACCCUGCAGUCAGUUCCAAGACAAAGCGGUGAUCGUUUCAUUGAGGAGAAGACCCUGCUGUUGGCUGUUCGAUCCUACGUUUUCUUCUCCCAGCUCAGCGCCUGGCUCAGCGCCUCCCAUGGUAUUGUCCCGAGAAACAUCCUGUACAGGAUCAGUGCUGCUGAUGAGGAGUUGGUGUGGCAGUUUUCCCAGCCGCCCUCAGAACACAUUUUCCCAGUCCCCAAUGUAUCCCAGAGUGUUGCACUGCAGGUUCGCGUCCAGUCUCUCCCCCGCCAACCCACGUACCCCACUCUGGCCUGCAGCAUCCACACAGGUCUGCCACCACUUUACAGCAAGACCCCCAGUCUCAACCCAAACCUCAACAGCCAUGGAGGCCUGGCCACCCACAAAAAGAGCCAGGACCCCAGCAAAGACAACCUCCUUCACAACUCUAACAUGUACAGCAAGAGCUCCAACUCCAUGUCUGGCCUUCUGCUCAAUGGAUUACCCAUUUCUAAUCUCCCCAUCAACAACAUCCCCAUUAAUAGCCUUCCCCACACUGCUGUCCCCCCUCCUUACAGCAAGAAGAGCCAGGAGCCUGGUGAGGACCACACGUAUCUGAAUGGAGAACUUCCGCAGGUCAACAUCCCGCAAUGUCAGGGCUCCCCACUGUACCACAGGUCCUCGCACUCCCCCACGCCCUCCCGCUCCCACUCCCAUUCCCCCUCUCCACUUGCCACAAGUAAAGCUGGGAAGUGGCUUUACUCGGCUCUUAAUGGUUCAUCUGACCCGACACAAGUGGAGGACUAUGGUUCUGGGACUAACAGCAAUGAUAGGUCAAAGGCGCCCAUCCCUGAGCCACUGAGAGCUUUUAAGAACUUUUCCUUGGCCGAACCACCCCGUUGCCCCUCCCCAAGGGCUGCAACCGAGACAAACCCCCUGAUUGGCUCCCUACUGCAGGAGAGACAGGAAGUUAUUGCCCGCAUCGCACAGAGGCUCAAUUUCUGUGACCCCACGGCACCGCCACUCCCUCCCGGCCUUUUUGCUUCUGACAACCCUCCCAAAGCCAUGUGGGGCAGUAACCAUGAUGACAUAACUGCCAGUAAGACCAAAGAGCCAGAGGUACCACCCUAUGAGUCGGUGGGCCGUGUGUGGUCCAGCCCCUUCAACACACCUGUGACUGACCCUUCUUUUAACAAACGGGAGAGCUCCUCCCCUAAACCUGCAGCAUGUAGGAAGCUGAAAAUGACUGAGAUAAGAGACAGAGAGGAUGAGAGGAAUGGAGAGAGGAAGAGAGAGAAGGAAAAGGAAAAAGACAGGGAAAAAGACAGGGAGAGAGACAGCUCCCUGAUUGCCCAGGCAGUGCAAGACAUAACUAGACUCAUCCAGGAGAGACUGUCUGUCCCCUCUCUGUCCCCAAGGCAUAGCAGGAGCGGCAGCCAUCUGCACCACACACACACAACAACAGUCACACACACGGUCCGCACAUACUCACACACCACACACAUCCCACAAGCCUCACACACUGCCACCAAUGGCCACAUACCCAGCCAUGAACCUCACAAAGGCAGCAGUCGCACCGCUGCCACACACCCGCCCGUUUGCACAGAAAAGCCCCAGGUAGAUCCGGGGGCCGAAUGCCAUUCUCCCCGGGCCCAAAAUGGUGCUUACUUUACACUUGAAGAACCCUCAUUCAAAGGCCAGUCCUAUGCCCAGGCUGGUCACUGUUUACGAACUCCCCCACAGGAAAAGCUUGGAGUCCGGACACCCAGCAGCCAUGAAGCCCAAUCGGCCUCCACUGUCCUUGAGAACAGCCCAAGGAAUGCCCAGAUCUUUAGUUGGACUUGCAAUGAUGGUAGCCCAGCAAUGAACUGUAACAUAAGCCACAACCACAGCAAGCCUCAGCCUCAGCUUCAGUCCCAGAUGCAGUCCUGUGCAUCAGCCCAGGCCUCUGCCCUGCAGGAUGAGAACCAGGCACCUUCGUUGUCUGGGUGCUCUAACACCUCCAUUCCAGACCUGACUCCGGACAUGACCCCCCCUUCUACUGUCCUGAGAGCUCACAGCCCCUCCCCGCUGCGCCCCUGCAACAGCUGUAAGAAACAGAAUCGCCACUCAUUAGACGCCACGGCGACCAAGGCCUUCCACCCAUGUACUGGCCUGCCUCUGCUCUCCAGCCCUGUUCCUCAGAGGAAGAAUCAAACGGGCUAUUUUCACCUGGACACCUCUCUGGUUGGCUGCAAGGGUUUGCCUUGGGCCUCUGGGAAAAGGGUGUGUCUUAAGAAAGAGGGGUACAUAGAUGAGUCACAGCAGCUGUUCAUUGCCAGCGCUCCACCUGCCAGUCUCAGUCUGCUGGGAAACUUUGAGGAGUGUGUGCUGAACUACCGCCUAGAACCUUUAGGGUUAGUGGAGGGUUUCACAGCAGAAGUUGGAGCGAGCGGGUCCUUCUGCCCUAGUCACCUGACCUUGCCUGUCGAGGUGUCAUUCUACAGUGUAUCCGACGACAAUGCUCCCUCACCAUAUAUGGGUGUGAUCAACCUGGAGUCCCUGGGCAAAAGGGGCUACCGUGUACCUCCAUCAGGAACCAUUCAAGUGACCUUAUUUAAUCCCAACAAGACAGUGGUAAAGAUGUUUGUUGUGAUGUACGACCUACGAGCCAUGCCUGCUGGACACCAGACCUUCCUUCGCCAGAGGACCUUCUCUGUUCCCGUCCGCCGUGACACAAACAAUCAUACCAGCAGGAAGCCCCUCGGCCAGGGACGCACCUUGCGCUACCUCGUUCAUCUGAGGUUCCAGAGUUCUAAGUCUGGAAAGAUCUACCUCCAUAGAGACAUCCGUCUGCUGUUUUCCAGGAAGUCCAUGGAGGUGGACAGUGGAGCUGCCUAUGAGCUCCAGUCCACCACAGAAUCCCCUAUUGACCCACCAUUCUCUCCACGCUGCUGAGGCCUGACUCCCUCCCUCCUCCACCCGGCAGGCGACCACCGAAGCUUCAAUCACACCGUGAUGCCAGCGAUAGACUCUUAUGCAGCCCAUGGCUAGAUAAAUGGCUCCUAAAAGAGAAGCAAUUUAAGGACUGCAGUCAACAGGACUUACCUGGCAUGUGCCCAAAAUCUCAAGUUUCAUCCCUUCUGUCACCCCAGAACUGACAAGGUGGGGCCAAGAGCCUGGGAGACUCGCCAGAGAUGAUGUUCUUUGUUAAGUGCACAACCCUGGAUUAAAGAGGUUGGGUCAAAGGUUAUGGUUGUAGAGUAUGUGUCAGAUCCUGUUCUCCUGGUUAAGAAGGCCUUACCAGAUAUAAUCGGUCAAUCUUUGUCAUGCUGUUGUGUGUAUCCCCUCCAGCGUCUGGCAGGAGAGUAGAGACCAGUGAUCAUCUACAGAAGAAGUUAGACACUUAAAUUAUUUCAGCAAAGUUUAGGCUACUUGACUCUUUUUACUAAAAUUAAAAAUCUUGAUUGGACUUGUACUCAACAUAAUGAAGUCAUUUUCAACCUCAGUUUCAUCAUAAAUGCAAUACAAGGCCCAGUUAAUGGUAAAAGAUUUUGUUUCAAAUCCUAAAAGAUUAGAUUUAUUGAACUGAAAGUGAAUUUACCUUUGACCCUGUGAUUCUCCUGUGAGCUCGGAGCAGAGGGAGCACCUUUGGAAGAAAACGUGGGUGGUCAUCACAGCAGAACAUCAGAAGAGCACUGUGGAUUUGUUUUCUCAUAACUGGAAAUGAAACAGAAAAUAGUAAUAUUCUAAUACUUUUGUACUGUUACAGAACCACUUUAUUGGAAGUGUCGCAAUAGAAAGAGUAACCUUAGUUUAGUGUUUACACAUUCACUUUUAGUUUACUUACCAUUGGUUUAUUUAAUAUUUAAAUUAAUAUUUUCAGUUACUACCUGUGACGUCUGUCAUGCUAAGAUGAUGUAGUGCAAACUGUAUAUCAUAGUAUGUAUUUUUGACAUUAAUAUUCAAAUCUGAAGAAAAAAAAAACUAUACCUCUGCUAAAGCAAUCUUGAGAGAUGCUCUGUCUCUUUGUGUUUAUUAUUUUUCCCCAUUGUUUUUUCUGACCACUACAUCUCCAUACUGUCACAUCCUGGAAUGAAAGGUACAAAACACAACAGAUUUUUGCUUCUCCUAAACUGCUCAAUAUGAUCAAAAACGACAAAGCUGUGGCUCAGCUGUUGUUUUUGAAAUGACAUACCAGUCAGAAAUAUCUUAUGGAUACAUCUUUAUAUGACAAUAAAGAACUUGAAACU